AUGGAGAACAGUACAGAGGGGACUGAAUUCAUUCUUAUGGGGAUAACUGAUGACCCAGAACUGCAGAUGCCACUCUUUAUAAUGUUCAAUCUCAUCUACCUCAUCACUCUGGUUGGAAACUUGUGGAUGAUCGUGUUGAUCCUAUUGGACUCUCGUCUCCACACUCCCAUGUACCUCUUCCUCAGUAAUCUCUCUCUGACAGACUUUGAUUACUCCACAGCUAUCCCUCCCACAGUGAUAGCUGGAUUUCUUACAGGAAACAAGGUCAUUUCCUACAAUACAUGUGCUUCUCAGAUGUUCUUUUUUGCGGUCUUUCUCAUCGUAGAAACUUUUCCCUUGGCAUCACUGGCCUGUGAUCGCCAUGCAGCAGUGUGUAAAGCACUACAUUACACCACUAACAUGACAACUAAGGGGUGUGCAUAUCUGGUCAUAGGUCCCUAUGUCCUUGGUUUCCGAGAGGCCUCCAUCCACACUGGGGACAUAUUCAGUCUCUCUUUCUGUAAGUCCAAAGUGGUUGAUCACUUUUUCUGUGACACUCCUCCUCUCCUGACUCUCUCAUGCUCAGAUAACUACAUCAAUGAGAUGGUUUUAUUUGUUUUGGUGGGCAUCAAUGUCCUCUUUUCUAACUUGGUCGUCUUGAUCUCCUACCUGUUUAUGUUUAUCACCAUCCUGAGGAUGCGCUCAUCUGAAGGGUGCCAUAAGGCCUUUUCCACCUGUGCUUCCCACCUCACUGCAAUCUCCAUCUUUUAUGGGACAGUCAUCUUCAUAUACUUACAGCCCAGCUCCAGCCAUUCCAUGGACACAGACAAAAUCGCAUCUGUGUUCUAUGCCAUAGUCAUUCCCCUGCUGAAUCCACUGGUCUACAGCCUGAGGAACAAAGAGGUCAAGACUCCUUUUCAAAAGACUGUGGGGAAGGCAAAGUCUUCUAUAGGAUUCAUAUUUUAA